CACAGCUUGCUCACUACCUUCCCUCAUCAUCACUGGCAGCGGGCCGGUGUUUUGUCUAUUACUGGCUAUGGUAGCAGUAGCACUUACACACUCGUAGGGAAUACUUUGUUUCUUCUCUUUAACUUGUCUUUCACCAACGAUUUUGGACCAACGAGAACCUAUUAAAACGACUCACUGGAUCGCUACCACACCAAUUUUGACUAGCAUUUUGGUUUUUGCUUUGUAUAUCCGACAAGAGGCGCUGGUUAGCUGAUUAGCUGCAUAAAGAGAACCCAGUACUCAUUUUGUUGUCCGAAGCAGCGAGAAUUAUUUUUUACAAUUAACAGACAUGCCGGAGUACCUCGAGGACCCGUCUGUUCUCACUAAAGACAAACUCAAGAGCGAGCUAUUGGCCAACAAUGUGGCUCUUCCGAGCGGGGAUCAAAGAAAAGAUGUUUAUGUGCAGCUGUAUCUGAAAAGCUUGACCGUGCAGAACAAGAAGAACGUUACCCUAGACGCUUUCUCCAGUGAUGAGGAGUUGCCAACGCCAGUAGUUUCCAACAAAAGUCGCUCGGGCAGGAAAGCCACCAGGAAGACUGACAAGCCCUCUCCUGAAGACCUGGACGUAACAGAGCUGACCAGCGAGGGCCUGAAGGACGAGCUGCUGAAGUAUGGAGUCAACGCUGGGCCCAUCGUGGCCUCCACCCGUAAGCUGUACGAGAGGAAACUACAGAAGCUUCUUGACCAGGGCCCCCCCGAACUGGUGGUAACACCACCUGUGGUGACAGAGAUCGACAGCAACCACAAUGGCAACUCUGACUCAGACCGUUACAGCGAUAAGGAGGAGGAGCCAGUGCCAGAGCCUGUCCCAGUCCCAGUGGUGGAGAGGCCGGUGAGGAGCAGAGGGAAGACCCCUGUCACCACCAGGACUCGCAGCAGCCAGCACAACAGAACGAAUGAACAGCUGUUUGAUGAAGAUGAGGAGGAUGAUGUGGGUGAUCUGGAGGAAGCCCAGCCGGUUCUGAACAUAAAGAGAAGGGCGAGGAGGACAUCUUUUCGAGUGGACCAGACAGCAGCUGUCAGCGAGGACACUGUAACGAUAUCGUCCUCUGUGUGGGAGCCUCUCUGGGGGUGUGCACUGGAGGACCUAUCAGAGUUCUCUUUAGCUGAGGUGGCUCCUCCCCCUCCAGCCCUUCAUACCACACCCCGACAUGCCAAGCCCGAGGGAAUCCCUAAUGAACCUAGACCUCUGUUGGCUGACCUGCCAGUUCAGGCAACAAGGCAAGAUCCCUUAUCGCAUGGUUCUUCCAAAACCAAACUGCCGGCCCAGUCUUCGUCCCUGCCCAAGCCCAAGACGGCACUCCAGACCCAGCAGAAGAGGCAGUCCCUUCCACUGCUAAAGCCCAAAGCCAUGUCCCAGCCCCGGUCCACUAGUGCUGUCUACCUGGUCAUACCUGACAGCCCCUCACACUCCCCUAAAGGGAUGCAGCUCCUUCAGCCCACCUCUGAGCCUGUCCUGCUCUCCUCUGUCACUGAGGGGUCGUCUGGCCUCAAUCCCGGAGGCCCCUCAGGGAGGAUCCACCUCCACAGGCCUCCCCAGGGCCACAGAGCCCCUGACAGUACCCACUGUCUCCCCACCUGGCAACCCAACUGGAAGCCAAGUGAAGAGGAUGUCAGUCUUCCUCUUACGCCGAUCCAGGCUGCUUCUCCUUCGCCAGUCUCCCUGCUCAACACUGCCUUGAUUCAGGAUCCUGACCAGAGUGUUGAUGCUCCUGUAGGGAAGAGCACUAGACCCCAGCGACUAGCUCCGUACAAGGUUUUUCCUCAAGAGGUCUCUCCCCACGUGGUUGGCCUGCCCUCCAAGCCCUCUGCCUGGCCCCAAACCAGAGGAGACCCAGGGGCCUUCUGCUUCAGUCCUGUGGGCCAUAUCUCCUCCACCCCACUCCCCACACAGCUCUAUGCUCACGCUGGCUUUGCCCAGUUUGAUUCACCAGAUGAACUUUUGUCUUUGGAUCAGCAUGAGUCUACAGAUGUUCCUCUGCCCAAGGGGAGGCAUUCAAAGAUGCCCCUCAUCCUGCCGUCCACUGUCACCCCAGUCAGGAGGCGGGGUGCGGUCUCCCUUCUCUCCAAGGACCCAGGGCUAGGAGAGGUAGAGAAGAUAGCAGCUGGAGACCAGAGCUCCAGAGGGGACGAAGGAGACCUUCUCAAGGAGAUGUUCCCCAACAACGUCAACACGCCAACAGGAAUCAACGCCACCUGUCGACAACCCAUCCGUGGUGCAGCCGGACGACCCCUCAAGUCCAGUGACCUGUGGUUGGAGAACUCCCUCCUGCACUCUCCUAGAGAGACUACCUCCACCUCCUCCUACAGAGAGAGUCAUGUGGUCCACAGAGUCACCUCCCUGCCCCCUCCACCCCCUUCCUUCUCUUCCUCCUUCUCCUCCUCCAGGCUGGUGUCUGCAGCAGUGGCGCCCCCAGCUGUCCAGCCCAAGGCACGGCAAGGCCUGUCCAUGUGGCUGCAGCUGCUGCUGCUCAGCGCUCUGGCCGGCUUCCUGUUCUUCGUCUACCAGGCUAUGGAGACAAAUGCCAUCAGUCCGUUUGGAGGCUCCUCCUCCUCAGGCUCCGCCCAGGUCGGCAGUGACAGUACGGCAGACGUCCCCAGCAAGUGAGCCAGCUCUUCGCCAUCAUCCUCUUCUCCCCUCCUGUGUCUUUUUGUUUGCCCCUGUUUUCAUCGUUUUUCAUUUCACAAUCAGUCAACAGUAUGGAUCUACAGCUAUAUUAACACCUCUUGAAUAUCCGCACAUACACAAUAUAAAAAGACCGUUUUUUUUUUCUGGUUUUGUCACACCUACCUUGUUUUGUCCUUUUGAUGCCAAGAGAAAGCCACCUGCCCUUAGUAAGCCAAAACAAUGGCCUCCAGGAAAUUAUUAAUUUGCUUUAAACUUUUUUUUACAUGAAUCUGCAUGGUAUGGGUGUGACUGUGUGAUACGUGUGAUUUAGAUAUGUUUGGACGAGUGAGAGAAAUGACAUGUUUCACACGUUUGCCUUUGUGAGUUUCUCCUAUUAAUGAGAUAUGACCUAAGGUGAAACUGAGUAAUAAACUCAAUAACAGCAUCCAGGCCAAGCUGAGUUUAAACCAGCUGUAUUUGCUUUUUUGCUUUGUGUAUUAAUAAUGCAGGAUGUUUAUUACUCAUACACACAUAGCUCUUACUACCCCUAUCCACCUUGUUGUUUAAAAAUGUUGAAAUUAUGUCCUAGUGUAGUCUACUUGUGUAUGUAUUCAUUGUAAGAAAUUAUGAAUUAUCUUCUCAAUAAACUGUUC